UAGCUAUUUGUUUUGAUUUGUUUAUUAUUAAAAAAAUAAAGGGUGUCGUUUUUUUUUUAAUCUACAUGAUUUGUUCAAUUUAGGAAAAGAAAAUAAUCUAUAUUAAUGGCUCCGCAACCUGUGGUAACUGGUCUUUCACCAAAAGAGGGACCGCCUGGAACUCGUGUUAUAAUACGUGGUGAAUUUUUGGGUUCUAAACCCACAGAUUUGAUAGGUUUGAAAAUUUGUGGUUUCGACUGUCUACUCUCGGCCGAAUGGGUGUCACCCAAUAAAAUCAUAGCCCGUUCAGGACCAGCAAAGGGAAUUGGUGAUAUUAUUGUUACCACCAGAAGUGGUGGUGAGGGUACCUCGUCGGUGCAAUUUAGAGCUAUAGGUAAUCAUGAAAUUAUUGGUCCCUUAAAAGAGUCUGCUGUAUGGAUAGAUGAAGCUCCCUCACAAAAUUUCGCCUGGGGUAGACGUACUCUAGUGCAGUCCGUGCUGACGCAGGAGGAUCCCUUGGGUUUAUCUACCGAGGGCAAUGAGCAGAAAAAUGUAGAAAAUCUAAGAGAACUAUUUCCAAAUAAUAGUGGCGACUUGUUGCAGGAGAAUUUUUCUCCGGCCUUGUUUUUAUUGGAAAAACAUUCGGCUACUACGUUUGCGGACUUGAAAGCUGGUCUUAAUUAUCUAAAUCGUAAAGUAGAAUCUCAGAAAGAGGGUCAACUUUCCUUUUUGAAAUCGAAUGCGGGCUCUGUAAUUGAUCAGCUGGAUACUAUGAUGAAUAUACGUGAUAAGCUGCAAGAGGAUCAAAAGCAAUAUGGUCCUGAACCUCUAAAGGUUCUGCAAGAGGAAAUUGAAAAUUCCAUUUCUGAGUCUGAAAAUAUAUUCACUGAUGUGUUGUUGCGUAAAGAGAAGGCCGAUUCGACCAGGGCAGUGUUGUUGGCAUUAUCUCGUCACAAAUUCUUAUUUUGUUUACCUAACUCUGUGGAGAAAAGAGCUGCCGCUGGAGAAUUUGAUAUUGUUGUUAACGAUUACGCCAGAGCAAAGAGUCGUUUAGUAAAAACGAAAUUCCCGCUCUUCCGCCAAGUAAUGGAAGAAGUCGAUCAACGUAUUUUACAAAUUCGAAAACAAUUACACGAAAAAGUUAUAAAAAUGCCCCAAAGCGUUGAACAACAACGUAAACUUAUUAAAGCUCUAAUAAGUUUAGAGGUGCAACAGUCCGGGACUAGUUUAAAUGACAAGCUACGCAAUACUGAUCCAGCUUGGGAUGCCAUUGAUGCAAGAUCGAAAUAUUUAGAACAGACAUUUAAGCAAACAUUUGAACAAUAUGCCAGCAAAGAUGCUCAAGGAGCAGAAAAAAGUAAAAAUCGUGAUAUGUCUCAGACACCCAAUCGUGUGCUGUUCUGUGAAGAGAUCUGUGAGAUAGCAGCAUCACAAUUACCAGACCUGUGGCGUCUGGGUCAGAUGUAUUUUACAGGUGAACUAAGAGGUCCCAAUGAUCCCAGACCAGGAGAUUUCAAGCGCAUGAUUUUAACGGCGAUCGAAAAAUUCUGUAUAUAUCUAAAAGUGGCUAUGUGUACCACAGAUUCUGAGGCCCGUACUUUAAGGCAAUCGGUAGGUCUUAUAUGGCCUAUAAACCAUGGUUCUCAUGAUGUUUUCAAAUCUUGGCUACCGCAAUGUUUACGUUAUACUCGCAUAACUUAUGCCACCUUAAUUAGUUUGGAUUUACCUUCGUCUGCUUUGGAUAUAGUGCAAAAAUUCAUUGAUGCCACACGUCUCCAUUGUUUCUCUAAUAUAUUCGAAAAGGCCACACAAAAUUGCAAUAAACUUACAGAAUUAGAAACCUGGGAAAUGGGAGUGGAAGAUUUUCCCGGAGCUACUCUAUUACCACAACGUUUGGAGGAAUUAUUAAUUGAAACUCUAGAAGAGGCUCAACAAUCCUGUAUUAAUCCGGAAAUGAGGGAAGGAAAUCUUUUGGAAUCAGAAUCCGAUGGUCAGCGUGAGGUGUCUUUGCGCUUACAGCAAUUACUUUUAUGUUUUUGUAAUGUCAUACAAGAAUUAGCUUUUCAUUCGCAUAAAGAGGAAACACCAACCCACAAUGUUUCUCAAUUACUGGGCUAUCCCAAUAACCAAUCCAGUGGCCCUGCUUCUGGUAGAUUUACCAGUUUAUCAGCUACUACAGCCAUAACAUGGGAGCAACGCAUGUUAUGCUGUUUGGCCAAUUGUGCCUAUUGCAAUAAAAGUUUUUUCCACAAAGUGGGCAACCUAUUUGAAAAAUUCGGUUAUCCUUUGCCCUCUUUAGCUAUAGAAACGGCUCGUUAUUCGGUUAACAAAUUAUUUUCCAACAUCUUGGAUGCCUAUGUAGAGCAUAAGGGUGAUCCUUUGGUGGGUACAAUUGAACCCUCCAUGUAUCUGGGUGCCUUUCAAUGGGACAUUGAAAUGUCAAUUGGCCAGUUAAGACCUUACGCCCAUGAAUGUUGUGAUAAUUUGGUGGGUGUUUAUUCGGAAAUUUUUACCAUAUCUCCAGCUUUAUUAAGGCCCAUUCUAGAGCCUAUUGUAUUGACUAUAUCCGAAGAGUUGGCACGUUUAAUGAGUUGUGUGCCCCAGUUCAGUUAUACCGGAGCCAUACAAGCCAGUGUUGAUAUACGUUUGUUAAGGGAUGCUUUAAAAUUGUAUACAAAUGAGACGGGAAGAAACUAUUUCCUAGAGGCCUUAGAAGCCAUCAAUCCUCCUUUGGAUGUGGAUCAACAAAAACAUGCUGACGAAAUAUUGGAACGUGUUAAAGAACGCAUGAAACUGCAAUUAAUGUGUUUUUCCGUAAAAGAACCUUAAGAAGUGACGUAAAAUUAUUUAUUUAUAAAAAUAUUAUUGAUGGUAUUGCUUAAAUAUUGAAAUUUUUAAAUAAAAUGCUUAUUUAUGAAUAAAUAUUCGAGAAAAUUAAUAAAUUUGCA